AUGCCUCCCAAAGUCAGCAACAAGCAGCAGUCCGAGGAGGACCUUCUACUGCAGGACUUCAGCCGCAACCUGUCCGCCAAAUCCUCCGCACUCUUCUACGGGAACGCCUUCAUCGUGUCCGCCAUCCCCAUCUGGCUGUACUGGAGAAUAUGGCACAUGGAUUUGGUGCAAUCAGCUGUCCUGUACAGUGUCAUGACCCUUGUCAGCACAUACCUUGUGGCCUUUGCCUAUAAGAAUGUGAAAUUUGUUCUCAAACACAAGGUGGCACAGAAGCGAGAGGAUGCUGUUUCCAGAGAGGUGACCCGCAAGCUGUCUGAAGCUGACAAUCGGAAGAUGUCCCGUAAGGAGAAGGAUGAGAGGAUUCUUUGGAAGAAAAAUGAAGUUGCUGAUUAUGAAGCUACCACCUUUUCCAUCUUCUACAACAACACACUUUUCCUGGUUGUGGUCAUUGUUGCUUCAUUCUUUCUACUGAAAAACUUCAACCCUACAGUAAAUUACAUUUUGUCACUAAGUGCUUCUUCAGGUCUUAUUGCUCUGCUGUCUACAGGAUCAAAAUAA